GCAAAGAGUUCUCUCCUAGUUAAACCAGCCAACUCACUGCUUAGUCACCGUCUUUAUUGCCACAUUCUCGCGUUUGCUGUGUGUGCUUGUGUGUGCGCGCGAGUGUGUGUUGCGCGCGCGUUUGCGUGCGUGCGUAUGUGAAUGAGUAACUCCGUCCCUGUUGUAAACAGUUUAUUACCAAACCGCCACGACAUAGACUACUCUACACAGACAUUUUGGCCAUAAGUAGUAACCAUCUUUUAUUGGCUAUUUAAUUGUCAGUGUGCUUGAUAUUAUUAUUUUGCCAUUAUGUUGGCCAAGAAAUUCCCGGGAAAGAUCGAAAUGUAGCCACGAGAAAAGGGAGACAGGAAAUUGCUUGUUCAUCCUUUAUCAGCAGAAGUGGACGAUGCCCACCAUGCCUGUGGACAGCCCCCGAUCUUCCGUUUUCACAUUCCAGUCAGCGGUUCACAGUGACCAUGUGCUGCGCUGCCUGGACGAGCAGAGGCGGCGAGACCUGCUCUGCGAUGUGACCGUGGUGGUGGAGAGUCGGAGUUUUCGAGCGCAUCGCCCAGUUCUGGCGUCAUGCAGCGACUACUUCAGCGCCCGCUUCUCCAGCCUUGGAGAGGCCGGAGCUGUCAUCAGUUUACCCGAUGAGGUGACUGCGGAGGGGUUUGAGCCUCUCCUUCAGUUUGCCUACACAACAAAACUCCUUUUCACCAAAGAAAACAUCUUGGAGAUUCGCAACUCUGCGUCUGUCCUGGGUUUCAAGAACCUGGACAACUCGUGUUUUGAAUUCCUCAUUCCCAAGUUCUUUAACAACACCAAAAAUGCUACGAACACACCAAGGAAACAGUGCUGUCGGAUGAAGAAAUCCCCUAAGCCAGAAAAUAAAACCUUUGCUUCAACCACAGACAGCGAGGCUGAUACCAACAAAGUGACCUCACACGUGGCACUGGAUGAGGAGGAGCAGAUUGAAACUACUUCCAAACUCCUGGAUCAUCCACAGCAAAGCUGUGAUGACGCCUGUCCAGACAUGGACACACAGACGGACUAUUCUCUUCUGUGCAAGUACCGCAAGUUUCAGAUGGCCUGCUUGGAGGCCAGUGGCCCCGAGAUGGCUUCCAUGUCGGAGGAUGGGUGCCCCUCGAGUUGUGUACCCUGCACUAGCACAGACGAUGCCAAGGAUUUGGAAGAGCCCACGUCGAGCAAAUAUGUCCCUGUGACAGAGGGGUGUGACUUUCUCACCUCGGGCAGCUCGAAGCCUCCCCUCUCCCCGGGCGCUAAGGCGUCAUCUUGUGGCGAAAUGUCUGGGUUGAGCUGUGAGGAUUCUGUGGGACCCAAAAAGGUGAAAAUAGAGGACGAGGCUAAGGACAUCUCGGAGGCCAACAAUGGUGUUGGAAUCGUGUCGGAAGACGAGGAGAAAGUUGUCCUCAGAGAGUCCCUCUUUGCCAGUGACUCCAGGGGGGACCACCGCCCAGAGGACCCGGAGAGUGAGCAGCAGCCAGGCGGCGAGCGGAGUACCAUCGAGCAGGAGGUGGCCGAGCACCUGGCCAAGGGAUUCUGGUCGGAGCCUCUUCCAUCGACGACCAAGCCCUCGACUGCCCCCCUCGACUGGCUCAAGCAGCUGGACCUGGACAUCAACAAGGAGGACUGCCCGUUCCUCCGGGACCUGGGGGCCGUAGGUGCCCGAGUACCCGACUGUGAGGAGCCGGGUCUGGGGGCCCAGGGCAGCCCCUACGUCUCCUCGCAGAACUCGGGGGAGGACUCGGACAGCCUGGACACGGAGGGGGACAGCGAAUUCUACAGCAGCGCAAGGGCAUGCGAGCUCCCAUUCUCUGUUGAGCGGAUUGCGUCUCUGAGCAGGAAUGACUUCCAGCAGAUGCUGAAGCUCCAGAGUCUGACGCGGGAGCAGCUGGAUUUCGUGCACGACGUGCGACGGCGCAGCAAGAACCGCAUCGCCGCACGGCGCUGCCGCAAGAGGAAGCUGGACUGCAUCCACAACCUGGAGUGCGAGAUUGAAAAACUGAGGACCGAGAAGGACAAGCUCACCUCCGAGAGAGACCGGCUGAACCAUCAGCGGCUGAAGACGUGGCAGAGCUUCUCGGGCCUCUACGAGAGGGUCUGCAGCGAGGCGGCGCUGAGGCCGGAGCAGCUCCAGGUCCUGGCCAAGUACUCCCCCUCCGCCUGCCCGCUCUUCGCGCUGCUCUCCCCGCUCAGCUCCACCUCCGCCCAGCCCGAGGCGACACUCGAGGCCCAGGACCCAGCGUCGGCCUGCUCCUUGGGCCUCUUUCAAGCUGGCAGCUGCGGCGAACCCUCCAGCCGCUUUGCGGUGGACGGCGGAUCGGGUGAGGGUCAAGCUACUCCUCGGGCCCUGACCGCCGAGUGCCCCCCAUCCGCCUCCACCUUCUCUGGGAAGAGCUUCGCCUGCUCCACAGAGGGGACUGGUCUCGGUGCCUUCACGAGCAUGCGUCCUGAGCCCGUCAGCAAGCUCAUCACGGACAAGUAGCUUUGUACAGCCUACUGUUCAAAUGUUUGUCGUUUGUCGAAAACAACACCUGCAGACUGAUUGAGACUACAUACAAUGCUGUUGCAGGCUGGAAAAUAUGUUUGUUUUGCAUAUCUGCAUUUCUUUGAGAAUAUGCCACAGCAUUUUUUGUGAAGAAUGAUAAUCACUACCAUGGGUUUAGAUACAGAGUAUGUUUUUUUUUUUUGUCUUUUUGUAUGAUGCACUCUUUCUCUAACAAAUAUAGUUUGUUCCAGUUUUGAUCAUUAAUAUUGUGUGUUUAAGUGUAUGAAUGUAUGUAUAAAUGUGUGUGCGUAUGCAUAUGUGUGUGUGCGUGCGUGCAUGCGUGUGUGUGUGUGUGUAUGUGCAUGCAUGUGUCUGUAUAUGCUAUGUUCCUGUCAUCUGUAAUCAAUUUUGCAUCAGUUUGACUGCAAUUAUCAGUGCUGGGGAAGGUGACCCCUAUGAAAAUGUUGCGCUCUGAGUCUCUCCUCUCCUCUCCUUCCGCUGUUAAUCACUCAUCUGGGACCUCCGUGUUCCUCAGUGACCUCCGUCACCUCCAGACAGGCUACAGGUGUCUCCUCCACUCUCCUCAUCAUCGGACAGUUGCACAAAGCAUGACACGUCUUUUUCUCAGGGGCAAGAGCAGGCAGGAUCAGCAGGAUGUCAUUAUUUUAGAAGCUUGACAGCUCUCCUGAAAGGACUCCUCAACAACAACAGCAGCAGCAGCUCUGACAACAGACUAUUCUUGAGUGUCGUGACCUGGGCGUUCUUUUUAUGGACCAAUCCUCAGAGGGUUUGGUCUGUUACUGUGUGGGAGUGUGUUAUCAGGAUAAAGUAAAUGCUAAUGAUCAAGGACUCAAACCCAUUAGUUGGACAUUGACUCAAGGUCCUGUUAAUGUGGCAAAGAAAUGUGCUGUUCUUAAAUACCAAACAAUACAUUGGUGCUGUUAUGUAUCUGUUUUUUUUGUUUGUUUGUUUAAUGGGUUACUAUGGUGUUUUGUUAAUUAUCACUCUUUCUCUUUUGUAUAUGAAAUCUGAAAUGAUUUUUUUCCACAGUUUGUUAAUUCUGUUUUCUUGUGGACGUGUGUGUGCGCGUGUGUGUGUGUGUGUGUGUGUGUGUGUGCGCGUGCGUGUGUGUGUGUGUUGGGUCCAAAUAUUAACCUGUGUUGCAAUGCACAAUAACUAAGUGAAUAAAAUGAUAAAAGUCUUAA